UCAAUCAGAUUUCAUGACACUUGACAGUGACACUGACAUUAGACGCCCGUUUGUCUGUCACGCAUGGUCAUUUGCCCGAGUCGUGAUAUGGGAUUGGAAAUCGAUUAAUUUACCAUAUUAUCGUUGCGUUACCCCUUCACCGACGUGUGACGCGCUCAUCGUUAGUAGUCUUACUCGCUUGUCGAACGGGGUUAGGUCCGUAACCUUUCUCGCGCGACGGUCACCUUCGCUAGCAAGGAAAUGGAAUAAAUUUACUUUUUCCAUAAAACUGCACUUUGACCUAUGGUGAAGCUGUGUUUAUGUUUAAAUAGUGUCUAUAAAGUGCUCUAAAUGGCUGAAGUAAAAAGUAACGGACAUAAAGUCGUAGAAGAUCUUCCACCAGGCGUGAAGGUCGAAGAAAUUGAGAUCCCGGUACCAUGGGGGCACGUAGCUGGUCGCUGGUGGGGUCCGCGGGACAAACAACCGAUAAUAGCUAUACACGGCUGGCAGGACAAUGCAGGAACCUAUGACAACCUCAUACCGCUCCUACCAGUAACCACUUCAGUCCUGUGCAUCGAUCUUCCAGGCCAUGGACUCUCUUCACACUAUCCCACUGGUAUGAUUUACUAUAUUUUCUGGGACGGAUUGGUCCUCUUAAGACGGAUAGUGAAGCAUUUCGGCUGGAAAAAGAUCAGUCUCAUGGGACAUUCCCUUGGAGGAGCUUUAAGUUUCAUGUACGCAGCGUCAUACCCUGAGGAAACAGAACAGAUUAUCUGUAUAGACAUUGCUAGUCCUGCCGUCAGAGAGCCAUCUUCCAUGGUCAAAACUACGGGAUGGAGUGUAGACAAACUUUUGGAAUAUGAGAAUCUUAGUGAGGAUAAAAUACCCAGCUACAGUUAUGACGAAAUGAUCGAUGUAGUAGUAGAUGCGUAUAAAGGAUCGAUAUCUAGAGAAAAUAGUGAAACGCUUAUGAAGCGAGGUAUGUGCCCUGUUCCGGCGCAUAUGAAAAAGGGGGGAUAUCUCUUUAAAAGAGACCCCAGGCUUAAGGUUUCUGGUCUGGCCAUGAUGUCGAUUGAAACCGCUUUGGAGUAUGCUUCAAAAGUGAGGUGCAAAGUACUCAAUAUAAGAGCUUUGCCUGGACAGAGAUGGGAAAGGGUAGACUAUUACUUGGAUGUCAUUGAAAAGAUGAAGGAACGAGCUGAUGUGAGGCUCGUCGAGGUGGAAGGAACGCACCAUAUUCACUUGAACGAUCCGAAAGCUAUAAUCGACAUUAUUGAAGAUUUCUUAGAAGAAUAUUAGACUUAGUUUAGACUAAUUACUUUGUGAUAUCAUGUGAUCAGGUUGGUUACUUUUAAGCUUUGAUCGUUGCAACUAAAGUUGUAAGGCGUUCCACGUUUAAAACAUCUGUCUCUUGUUGAUAAAUUGAAUAAGAAAGAGAUGGAUAGGAUACGUACCUAUUUAACGUGACUGUUAUUUAGAUGACAUUAUACAUACUGUAAGACGGCAGUUAUUUUUUUUUUUGGGGAUAAAUUUGUUUUACGUAAAUUGAGAUUCAUUGCCCAUUAAGUAUUUGACGGAGUUGAGAACAAAAAAUCGACGGAUUAAAUAACCGUUCUUAAUUUUUGUCACGGAUAUAGGUCCUCAAGGCAAAACUGUAGGGAUAUGAGGGUUAUGCGAUUGUCGUCCAUCGUGUCAUGCUCCACUGUUGCACUUACAUACUUGUUAGAACAUGAGAGCCAUCAUGAUAGACGAUAUCGCAACCAUCAAGGGUAUCAUAGACCCGAUGUAUAAAGAUGUAAUUGAACAAAAUAUCAAUAUUUACGACGACGACGACGACGAGAAGUUUGAAUUUAUUGACAUUUUCAAUGACACACGCUUUUAUUGUUUGUUUGUUGUUUGAUUGCAAAUUCCUAUAGACUAUAGACAUAGUAUUUAAUCAUUUAAGUGAAAUAUGGUCACAAAAUAGGGGAUUUAAAUAUUUUUUUCGCAUAAUCGAAUUUUCUCAUUUUUAGAGUUAAAGGAGUUCCGCAUGACCAAGUCUUUUAUACUAUAUUGGUCUCACGACGGUAUGUAAGUUUACAUGUCAUACGCGUGAUCAGACGUGGUGCGUUAUUAAUUUACCAAUAAGUAUUGUACUUACAUAAUCGUGUAAACGGCCAGUCUCGCGUAACUCUGGUAACUUAAGAAACAAUAUGUUUUGGUUGUACCAGUCAUGCAUAUAUCAUGAACUCAGGGUAAAGGAGUUGUGCUUGACACCAUCGGCAAAAAUUUAUUAAGUUCACGACUUAGAGCCUGUUUCACAAUGACAAAGCUAAGUCCUGAAUAAGCUACUUGCCAUUUAUUUGACGAAUAAAGUCAUCGUUGGCGUUUCACAAUCUUCAAAUAAGCUUACCUGGUAGAAACAGUGCUAAGUUUUGCUGGAAGUUUCUAGCAGUUAAUUUGCUAUCCAAUACUUAGAUAUUGUGAAACAGGCUAUUAGUCAUAUGUUUUACUCAGUAAAUAGUUAAGAUUAAUACAAAAAACAUUUAGUAGAUAUUUAACGGUUUUAAAGAAGAUUUAGACUGGCUAUCCGUGACUCAUGUAACUAAAGUUGAGGGAGUAUAGGUAUUGAUGUAAAUGCAUUAUUUGAUGCAUAUUUUUAUUCAUGCUUGCGCACAUAAGUAUUCAAGUAUGCAAAAGUAACUGAUACAAAUGUAACACAGAAUAUAGAUAUACUAUACAAAUUUCGCCAGAUAAUUUUGAUAUAAGUAAUGGACAAAUUGAGCAUGUAGCACUUAUAAGUUUAAUUAGUAGAAAGACGAUUAAAACAACAUAUGUAGUACCGAGGCAAUAAUGUUAUUACUUUACGGGUAUAAUACUUUUAUUUUAGUCCCUUGACGAAAUGGCCUUUAACGACAAAAGUAAAAGGUAUAUUAUGGCCAGCCAAAUUUGUCAGUAGAGAAAGGCGCGAAAUUCAAAACUUGUAAGGGAAAUCGAUCUUUCGCGCCUAUAUUUUUCACCUUUUUCUACUCAAAAUACAAAAAAAAUCUGCAAGUAGGCCUCAAGGGCUCUUUUACAAGUCAAUACAACAUUUAUAGUAACAUAGUAAUGAGAGUCCAUGUACUGACAAAGUUGGCUUGCCAGAGUAUAUAUUUAUAUAUACGAUGCGGGCCGUAUACACUCGUUGAGAACUCUCAGAUCAGAUCCAAUCGGAGAGGCGCGAGACGAGAAGGGAGCAGUAUGUACACACUCGUUCUCGGCCUGUCUCGGGGUGUCUCGACGAGUAUGUACACUGUACAGCCGCCAUGACACAAGAUAAUGAAAAAAGUGCAACCGUAAUAUCCGUACUGAGGGCCUACCGCGAACACAGAAGUUAGCAAAUAGCGCAUCUUUAUCUUUUAUUCCAAUUAAGGCGUAAUUAA